AUGGAGGCAGAUACAGGAAAUACCCCAACACUCAUACCAGAGUACACAAGACUAUCCACAAAACUCAGCAAACUUGACUUCCAAAUCUGCAUCGAGCCGAGUUUUUUGAACUCCAAAACAUUGAAAGUGACGUAUGAUGUUAUACAUGAUUAUACAAAGGGAAGUUGGAUUGCAUUGUAUGAUGAAUUUGAACUCCACAACGAAAGGUAUUUAAAAUUUGUUACACUUCCUGGUCCGGACGGGUCUUUUUACUUUGAGAAUUUAGUUGAUGGACUUUACGAGCUCCGGUACUUUCCCAAAAAUGAUGGGAAGCUGAAGAACACGUAUGCGGUCAAAGUGAAGUACACAAACGCAAUUCCAAUCACCUUUUCACUCGACAAAAACAUUCUCGAGCUUCAAGUUUUAUGUCCUGGUAUCGACGAUGUCUUCAUCAAAGUCUACAAAAAGAUAUUUAAGAAGAACGUGGAAGACUGGGAGGAGACCACAAUCACUUUUCCAAUGAUGGACAAGACUUCAAAGCGAAUUGCGAUGAAUAUAGAAGGCAAAUUUGUUAUCCGGUCGUAUCGGAAAUCGGCUUAUCUCUAUUAUAGAAGAGGCCUUAAAUUUUCUUGGGACUACAUUUCACAAGGAGAGUCCGCAGAGUUUUGUAUCAAUUCACACUUUAAUUAG